ACCCGAAUGACAGCCGCGAAGCGAACAAUAAAGGGCCCCACGUUCCUCCACGCGUUAGAGGUGUACCUUCGCGCGUUGCAGGAUCGACCUAACACAUGCCGAAGCCUGACCCUCGAGCGCGCGCUAUCGUGUAUCACGGCUGCAUGAUUAGGCCGUCGAUUUAGCUGGAGAUCGCCUAGUUCCAAUGAACGCUCAGCGGAGGCCUUCAUCACCGCGCUCGAGCACAUCGUCCUCACGGCCUCGCGACACUACCCAACAACAGUACCUCUCUGGACAAAUUAGCGCAAGCAUCGAAUCCACCAUAGUAGGAGUUCCACACAAUGAAGCUCAGAUACGUCGAUUUUUACCAAAAGGUGAUCUAACAACCAUACUGAGCGAACAAGCGCUGAGGAUCUACCUGAAAGAACUACUCAGCGAAAGCACCGAUGAAUUUAUCGACAAUGCACUCUCUAGAAUAACUGGUGAUCCAGAACAUAAUGAACCUCCGAGAAGGGCCCUGCUUGCGCUUUUUCUUUAUCACCAGCGUUCCGGAUUACUCCAUCAUUUCAGGAACUGGCUGCUAUCACAGAACGAUUUUCCGUCGGACAGAUGGCUGCCCUUCGACCAGAACCGCUUGACGAAUACGAUUCCAACGCAAUAUCAUGAAUACAUUAAGGAUUACCAAUACAUCUUUAUUCCAUCCACGAUCAAAGAAGGCAUGCACGACACAUUCCAAUCCAAAGAACGGUUGCCCUACAUUGGCGUACCUUUGGCUGUUACAGACGGAUCGUCGGGAACUGUCUUCACAAGAGAGGUCGCACCAGGUCACUGGGAAGAGAAGCGCAAGAAUGGUCUUCAUGCAUCGGCGGAUACGAUAAAGCCGACAGUGUUGGCUUUUAAGGUCUUCAGUGGUGGGCAUAUUGGGCAAGAGGCUGAGACGAAUUUUGAAAUCGAGCGCAGCAUGCUCAAGGACCUCCGCAAAAGCAAUUAUACGCAUAAGAUGAUCUUGCUGGAUUCAGGGAGCUUUGUCAUUCAAGAUGAAACUCGUGUUAUACAGCACUGUUUGAUUUUCGAACGCGCGACUUACACCCUCGAAGACUUUCUCACCCUCGAGAAGAAAGCGCAGGCGCCCUGGACCGGCGGUCGAUUACUUACAAAUCUGGUUGACAUUGUGCAGGCGCUAGCAUGUUUACAUGACCAUUUCGAUACUCUCCAUCUCGAUAUAAAACCCGACAACAUACUCGUCUUUGAUAGGCCUCCUAGUCAAUCGGAAGAUGGAAAUCUAGAAGAGGCCAAAUUCGAGUGGAAGAUCAGCGACUUCGGUCUGGCUCGUAAACGCAAGGCAAAGGAGAGGACAGGACCUCUAUACGACAGGAAUCGUUCAGCAUCUCAAUCUGCCUCGCUUCCUGCAACAAGACCUGCAGGAAGAUUUCAGGCUCCAGAGGUUCAGCAACGUGCAUCCAGCAAAGCAAGUGGGGCCAGCGAUGUUUGGUCCAUGGGAUGUGUUAUUCUCAUGGUGUUAGGUUUCGUGGUUGACGGUCCAUCUAGAGUAUCAGAGCUAUUGGGAAGCCUGCGCUUACUGAUCCAGAAAGGCGGGGUGACUGAUAGAUUGUUCUAUGUUACAAAUGAUACAUAUCAGUGGAGAAAAGUAACGUUGUGGGUGGACUACCACUACGAGUAUCUGGAUAGCUAUAAGCCGGUGAUCGGGGACGUUCCUGGAGUCCCACAGAUGCAAGCAGCGGUGCACCCCGGGGUCGUGGAAUGGUCUAACGAGUUAUUUUCCUACUGUGCAGAUAGACCAGAGCAGCCGGUAUUGAAGGAAGCACUGGGUAUUGUGUUUAAGCGCGUUCUCUUGAUCGAAAAGAGCGAAAGGAUUGGAGCAUUUUCCUUGAGCAAGCGUCUUGCCGAUGUGAGAGACCGUUGGAAAAAGAUAGAGGCCCCCAGCGAACCCCAAAACGACCACCUAAAAUCCAGGAGCCUGCAUGAUCCGGAACCUAAUGACGAUAAUGGCAUCACUACACCUCCACAUGGUUCGGACAAUCAGGGCGGAAGCCCUGUGCCUUCUCCUAUCGUUGAAGAACCACAGCCAGUUGCUCUAGAUCAUUCCAUGCUAUGUUCAGCGAUCACGCAGAUAAGUGCUGUUAGUCUGGGAGAACAGCCUAGGCUUUUGGAGGAAAUCCGAAACGAGCUCAGGAGAGACCCUAGCCAAGUGAGAAGACCUUGUCCUCUACCUAAGUGCUAUAGCCAUCCUAUCCAUGUGGCAAUACGGAACAAAUCAUAUGAAGCUCUCAAAGAGUUACUUCGCAUCGCCGAUUCCGAUGAUCUAAACAUUCGCUGCUCCGGUUGUGGAGAUCGUACUGCAUUGGAGGAAGCAUGUGAAGAGCCUGGGGACGAAAAGGCCUUGACGCUUUUUAAGCCUCAUAAGAGCAAACUGGAAGUCACUAAGAGUUUCUGCGAUGAUCACAAAUACAUGAAGAGAUACGCGAUGAAUGCUCUUAAAGAACUACGUCAGGAUUUGGGGCAGCAACAAAAAGAUGUAGGUCGGCUCCGAAGAAUCCUGUCAGGUAAAUCCAACGGCAGUUAGGAUUAUUGACUUCGUGCGACAUCUUCGUCUACCUCAUUAGGCCUGUAUAUAGCUGUAAGAUAGCUACAUAGACUCAAGCGUAUUACUGUAUCUUGCUUUCAUUUUGAUGAAUCGGCUUUGGCCUCAGGGGUCGUUAGAGCGGUAGGCGAAGGUAGUUGAGUGCUGGUUUACUGUAUCUGGGGUAUCAGAGGCCAACAUUGCGCUGCGCAGCAUGUGAUUACUACCCAGAGGAUGUCUCAAGAACAAUUACAUUAACAUUAAUAUACAUCAAAGCUUCGC